AUGGGGCGUCUGGCGCGGAUCGUGGAGCUCUACUACGACGUGCUGUCCCCCUACUCGUGGCUGAGUUUCGAGGUGCUGUGCCGCUACCAGCAUGUAUGGAACGUGGACCUGCAGCUGCGCCCGAGCUACAUCGCCGGGAUCAUGAAGGACAGCGGAAACCGGCCGCCCGCCCAGCUUCCCCGCAAAGCGCUGUACAUGGUCAACGACCUCAGGCGACUGCGACAGCACUUCCAAGUUCCCGUCCAGGUCCCCGAGGAUUUCUUCUCUGUGGUCUUCGAAAAAGGGAGCCUGUCGGCCAUGAGGUUCCUCACAGCUGUGUGCCUGGAGUGCCCGGAGAUGCUGGAAAAGGUGUCCCGCGAACUGUGGAUGCGCAUCUGGUCGCUGAAUGAAGACAUCACGGAGCCCCAGAGCAUCCUGACGGCUGCAGAGAAGGCCGGGAUGUCUGCAGAGCAAGCCCAAGAAAUUCUGGGAAAGAUCUCCACACCAAAGGUGAAGAACCAGCUCAAGGAGACCACCGAGGCCGCCUGCAACUAUGGGGCCUUCGGGCUGCCUAUCACGGUGGCUCAUGUGGAUAGCCAGACCCACAUGCUAUUUGGCUCUGACCGCAUGGAGCUGCUGGCAUACCUGCUAGGAGAGAAGUGGAUGGGCCCUGUGCCUCCAGCCCCCAAAGCCAGGCUGUAG